AAGGAUCUAGGCAGUAACAGUCUUGCCUUCUUUCUUCUGCAAAAGGGUGAGGUUGUAUGCAGGGUCUUAGGCGGCUGGGGCUCCUAACCUUGAGCCUCUCUGGUCCCUUUAAUCUUGCCUCAGGUAGUUUCCUGACUGUUCCUCCCCUGAUUAACAACUGUUCUGCACUUUGGAACUCAGAGGUCAUGGAGACUGGAGUUCUGACUCUAAGAAAUGGGGGACAAAAAGACCUCUGUGCCCAGGAGCCCCGUAGGGCCUUGCUUGACAUCUUGCUCCCAGGCACAAAACAUUAUUACCUAAACAUAAUGCAAACUGCUGGGAACACCAAGCGCCUUGAGAAGAAGGGAGAAGGAAAGAUGAAUUUAACUCUGAUCCAAAGUACAAAGAUCACUGGGGGUGAGGUUGGGGAGUACUCUCUCUAGGGCUCUGUGGGGGUUGGGAUUGUAGUAACUAAGAGCCAGAAAAAUUCCAGGUGGGGCAAAAGUAGGAGUUCAGCCUUGAGCAGAAAGGGAAGGAGGAAGCCUGCGCAGGAAUGUAGGGAUCUGGGCACAAAAGUGGGUGGAACCAGUGGGCUCCACCCUGUCUCCUCCUCCCUCCUCCUCCCCCUGCCCCAACCUACUCACUGCUGAGCGCGCCGAGACAGGUGAGGAAGUCCUAUCGCAGGAGCCUGGGGAGGGGCCAUGGUGCCAGGCCAGCUGUGGGGGAAACUGGAGAAGCCGCUUCUCUUCCUGUGCUGCACCUCCUUCCUCCUGGGGCUGGCUUUGCUGGGGAUACGGCCGGACAUCGCCCCUGUGGCUUAUUUCUUUCUCAGCUUGGGUGGCUUCUUUUUGUUGGCCUGCCUCCUGGCCUGUGUUUUGGAAUGGGGGUCUCGAUCAGGGCAGACCGAGAGCCCAGGGGCCUCCAGCAAUGCACGGGACAAUGAAGCCUUUGAGGUGCCAACCUAUGUUGAAGCCACAGUGAUGGAGCCGCAGCCCCACCCCCAAGAGUUGGACCUACCACCCUCUUACAGCAGCGUUGUAAUCCCCCCAGGACUUGAGGAGGGACAGCCUAACCAUCCAGAGGAGCCCAGGAGAGCCAGAUUGGACAGGCGAGUGGGCUCAGAGGGGUCUGUGACCUCAGCAAGUCCUAGAAGACCUCCAAUCAGCCUGCGGCUUCGGUGGUCACGGACUGUGUCCACUGUUCCUGAUCUGCAGACCUUGUGGACGCCCCCCAGAUUGGAACCUCUGACUCCACCGCCUGCCUAUGAAGUCAGCUGUGGUCACUCUGAUGAUGAUGUUUUCUAUGGAAACAACUGGACACCCUCCUAAAGGACUUUCAGAGGAUAUAUCAUCUUUCGGCACCAGACCCACUCAUUCUUUAGACCAUUGCCUCCCAGUGCCUGUCAUGUGUCAGGAACUGUCCCCCAACCUGGACAUCACACAUGCAGGCUGUGACCCAGAGAGGAGUUGGGCUGUGGUGAGCCCUGCCCGGUUUUGCGGUGGCCCAUCCCAAAGAUGCAGGUGGCACCAUUUGAGUCUUCAGGCAAUAUUCAGCAACCUACCCCAUAUCCAGAGUUAGAUUGAGGGUGAGAUGAGGAGGUGAUCCAGAGAAUCUAGGGAAAGAAGAAAAGAAACAAUAUCUGAGUGACAUUCUGAUGCUUCUGUUCCAGGUGCUUUGGCUCUAUUAUCACAAAAAUGAGGUGUUAUUGCCCUCAUUUAUUAAAUGAAGACCCUAAUGGUCAGAAAAAAAAUUGAUAAUUUGCACAGGAGCACUCUG